AUUAUUUAAUCCUAACAAUUAUGUUUGAUUUCUGAAUAAGUGCAAAUAAUAACACAUAUACUCUAGUAUAAAGAAAGAGCUAGGAAAUUACAAAAUUUAUAGUUUGAUAGAAAUAAUAGUACCCUUAUAAAACUAGAUUAUAGUAAACAACACAGUAUCAAAUGAGCUGUUAUAUUCUCUGUACUAGCAUGCAACUGUUAGAGACCACAUUUGUUGAGUUGUAGAUAGAACUUCAAGUAUCUAAUAGCUGGUGAGUUCAGUAGGUUGCUUCAUAGCUUAGCAUUGCAGUUCAUAUAUAUUGUUUGGUUUUGAUCUUUCUGUUAUGAAUUUACUGAUUGGUUCUUAUUGUGGAUCAUCUUUGAGGAUAUCAAAAGUGGAAAACCUCUAGCAGCUGCCAUUCUCAGAAGAAAUGGCUGGUUUUACUGCAAUAUUGCUUCUUCUUCAGUGUCUGCUUUUCUCUCAACCUUCCUAUUCACUUCCCUUGUGCACCGACUUCCGGGCACCCACAAAAAUAAAAACACCUCUAGGAUUUUUUCCUUAUGAUGGAACUACGUGCUGUGACUCAACCAAAGACCUACAACUUCAAAAACAAUUUCAAAGAAUGAACAUUUCUGAUACAACUUGUGCUUCCCUUGUGAAAUCAAUACUCAUGCUGGUGGUAUGGCAUUGUCAAGUCUGGUUCCUGCAACUGUUAGUUCGAUUUCUGCUCUAGCAAAGAGUUCAGUAGCUGAACUACAGAUCUGGUCCUUACAUGGAUUACUUUUGACAAUUGAAGCUGUUGGUUUGUCCUACAUAUCGCAUGUUCAGGUAAUCU